GACUUUUUAAAUGCUGCUCUCACUCCAAGCCUCUAAAUUACAAGGUAUCAUGAUAGUGUUGUCAUCUUCUCAGGGGCUUCAGACUCCUCUCUAACCCCUACCUGCUCUUUCCAGCUGGCUGUGGUCGACAUUGUACAAAGUGCAUUUUGCUGUGGGCGUGUGCGUGCUGUACUGUGGCCUUUAUGUGUGUGUGUGUGCACUUUGCAGCGUGUGUGCUGGUAGAUAUUGUGGCGUGACGAGCAGAAAGAGGCUUUCAUACCUGCACCCUGAGAGCUGCCUCGAGUGGAAUAUUUUUGUCAGUAUUAGAGGAGAUGAUUAGAAGGAUGAUUUUUUUUUCCUCAAGCCUCAUGAGAGCUCAACAGCAGCGAUGGCUUUUCUCAAGCAUUCCAUCUUGCAAACCCUGAGUGUGCUGCUCUUGGCUUGGGUGUUGGUGCGCUGCCAGGCCCCUGUUGAACCAGAGGAAGAGGAGGAGGAAGAGCCAUUAAAGGAAGCAGACACCGCAACAGAGGCGACAAACUCUGAGCCGGCCGAAUGUCCGCAGGACUGCAGCUGUAUAGAGGGGGUAGUGGACUGCCCGGGGGUCAACCUCAUCGAGUUCCCCGCCAGGCUGUCUGCAAAUACCCGCCAGCUCUCUCUGCAGAACAACAAGAUCGAGGAGAUAACGGUGGAACAUAUUUCCCGUCUGCAUCAGCUUGAGACUCUUAAUCUUCAGAAUAACUGGCUCACCUCAGAUGGCCUUGAAGAUGAAGGGUUUGAGAUGCUCGAACAACUGGCUUAUUUAUACUUGGCCAAUAACAAGCUCACCUCAGCACCCAGAGUCCUGCCCCCCUCUUUGGUUAGUGCUGAUUUCGCUGCUAAUCAGCUUACGAGGAUCUUUCCAUAUACUUUCGGUCAUAAGCCAAAACUGAGGUCUGUGUAUCUCCAUAACAACAAGCUGACUGAUGCAGGGCUUCCUGAGCACACGUUCAAUGCUUCUGACAACCUGGAGAUCCUAACUAUGUCCAGCAACUUCCUGAGGGUCGUUCCCAAAAACCUGCCUCGGAACCUUUACCGUCUUCAUUUGAAGAGCAACAAGCUGGAGAAAAUCCCAAGUGGAGCUUUUGACAACUUGCCCAACCUCAGAGAAUUAUAUCUUCAGAACAACCUCCUGAGCAACGAGGGCAUGGACAACGAGACUUUCAGCCAACUCAGCAGCCUUGAGUGUUUGGAUUUGUCAAAUAACAACAUGAGCAUCGUCCCGAAGGGUCUCCCUCGCAGUCUCGUGCUGCUACACUUGGAGAAGAACUCCAUACGCAGCAUCCCCGGAGAUGCUCUAACUUCUGCCCGAAAUCUUGAGUACCUGCUCCUCCACAAUAACAAACUUCGCUCCCGUUCUAUCCAUCCAGCUGCCUUCCAGGGCUUGAAAAAGCUGCACACUCUACACAUGCACAACAAUUUGCUGGAGCGUGUUCCCAGAGGCCUGCCUCGGCGAGCGAAGACACUGAUGCUGCUCCAUAACUUUAUUUCUGAGAUUGGCCGCAACGACUUAUCCUUGUUGUACACGCUGACAGAGCUCAACCUCAGCUACAACAAGCUUACCAGCUCCAAGAUACACCAUGAGGCUUUCAGGAAGAUGCGUGUGCUGGAAACCCUAGACCUGUCAGGGAACAGCCUUACCUCAGUGCCCAGGGGUCUUCCGCGCAGUCUGCAAGUGCUCGAUAUCAAGAACAACCGACUCAACUCCAUACCGGACGGUACGCUGACGAGGAUGGCGAAGUUACGAAAGCUGAUUCUGAGUGACAACCAGCUGAAGCUGAACUCAGUCUACCAGGGAGCCUGGAUGGAGCUCAACGCGCUCACAACUCUGGACCUUUCUGGUAACCAGCUGGCACACAUCCCCGCUGACCUGCCGGAGUCUCUGGAGUACCUUUACCUGCAAAAUAACCGCAUCUCCAGUGUUCAUGGUUCAGCUUUCGAAGGCACUCCGAACAUCACAGGCAUCUUCCUCCGGUUUAACCUCCUGUCUGUGAACACUGUGGAUGAGAGCUCCUUCACAUACCUCUCCAACCUGAAGGUGCUGGACACCGGUGUAGGAAACCCUGAGCUCCCCUCCAAAGAAGAGGAGAUCGAUGAGGAGCAGGAGGAGACAUAAGACACAGCUGGUCAAACUACCAUUGGACUGCAUUGUGUUGAGGACAGAAAGAGCUUUUAAAUGGGAAUGUACCUGUGAACGCCAUUUCCCGGGUCCAUCCUUGUAUUGUGGCAGCGUCACAUAUUUCUGGUGCAGGAAACCGGAUGAGGUUACUGAUGUUUCCAUGUUUUUGGGCUGGUUACUAUUGCAUAGCUUUAUAUCUGAGCUUUAAUUUUUGUUUUUGAUCAUUUUAUUGUUUCUGUGCCCUUUUCUCAAAGAUUUCUCGGCAAACUCUAAUGUGAAAUUUCACAUGUAAAUGUUUCUGAAUUGAUACAAAGAAUGUCAGCAGUGUAAAAAUUCUGCCCCCCCGCUGUGUGAGUCUGUCUCUGUUCGUUCAUAAACGCCCGUGAAACAAAAGUGCCGACUGAAACCAACGAAGCUGCAAACGCUGAACCAAACGAGUGUUCAUGAAAAAGCUGCAUUUUAAUGCCAAGUGUGGAUUAUCUGCAGAUCCGAUUUCAAAAAUCUCAAGCUUUCAUUUUAUAAUGUAGACAAAAAAGAAUCGCAGCAACAAGUUUCAUAAAAUCAUCACAACAUCAAACAUUCAUUCAGAUCAUUUGUAGUUGGCUUCUUAGUCACUCACCGAUUUGCAUUCUGUGAUUGGAUUCUUUUGUUACCGUCAGUCUGCCCAUCUGGGAGGGAAAAUGAAUU